AUGGCCACCAAUAUAGCCAAGCUCAUGGCCCUACUCAAAGGCCCAAAUCGCGCUUCUUCGAGCUUCACCCCACCUCCUGGGUACGGGCCAGCGGUCGAUCCAAGCCCAUGGGCCCAGCCGACCUUGAUUCCUGAUAAUGGAGAUACGUCUGCCCCAAUGAUAGUGAACGCGUCGGCGGCCCAUCCGGUUAACAAUCUUCCAGCACCACCUGCUUCAGCGACAAUGUUGGAACCACCUACGCUCAUACCUCCACCGAUCUCCACAUCAGUCCCGGUUCCGGUCUCUGCGUCGGUCCCAGCUUCGACUUCCGCUGUCCCACCGCCGAUCAUAUUCCUGCCUACAACUGCCCAGGCUCCUGCUCACACUGCUGAACCUCCCCCGUACCAAGUUCCACAACCCCAUAUCGGCCUUUCUUACCAAGCUCCACCUCCCAUAAAUAUAGCCUAUUCUGAACCGGGCACGCCGAACCACGCGGCCCCUAGAGCUCCACCCACAAAUUUUCUCCCGGAAACGGAGACUGAACAGGAACAGAGAUUGAAGAAGUUGGAAGAGAAUAUCCGAGCCCUACAAUCAGGCGACUCCCGCCUCGAUGCCGGCGACGGCGAUUGGAGUCUUUUCCCAAGCAUGCAGUUACCCCCAAAGAUUAAGGUGCCUGAAUUCCAGAGGUACUACGGCACGACCGACCCUCGUCACCAUCUCCGUCACUACCGGGGAAAAAUGCUGCAGUACUGGGACUACGAAGAGUACUGUGCGGAGACGCCCCCGACUCUGCUGGAGCUCAGCACGAUGGAGAUGACAGAGGACCAGGGCUUCGAGGCCUAUGCAGUGAAGUGGCGAGCUAGAGCGGCGAAGCACGUCCCUCCGAUCAGUGAGGCACAGCAGAUCCAAUUAUUCCACUCCACUCUUAAAGGGGCCUACUACUUGCACUUGUUGGCCCACACGUCUUCAUUCUCUAACCUUAUCGACGCCGGAAAGAAGCUCGACAUCGGCAUUAAGCUCGGCAAGAUAGAAGGUCCGGUCGAGAAAAAGGAGGGAGAGUCCUCGAAGAGGGCCGCCACUGGGACAACGGGAAACAGGAGAGGGAAAGACACGUCCGUCAACGCUGUCAACUCAGGGCACCAGGCUCCCCAGCAAUAUUCCAUAAGCUACACGCCCGCACCACCGGCCACUCAAGCGUAUGCCCCACCUCCGGUGCAUUAUCAACAACAACCCCCAACACAGCAAGCUUACUAUUCCGCUCCGCCGGCUUCCUUUCCGUCGUCAGUCCCGCAGCAAUACGCCCAUAAUUAUGCCCCUGCUCCUCCUCCGAUUCAACAAAGUAGGCCCCCGGCUUCGAGAACUCCUCAGCCGGUGCAACGGGCUCCGGCUCCGCAGGACCAACAGGGCAUCGCAACACAAACGCGGCGUAAACAGUUCACACCUCUGCCGGCUCCGCUCUCCUACAUAUACCGGCAACUCCUCGCGGGUAACAAGAUCCGAUCGAUAGCACCUAACCCUGAUUUCGACCCAACCAUCCAAGAUCAGAGUCGGCGCUGCGAGUACCAUCAGGGCGCGCCCAGUCACACCACUGACAAUUGUUGGAAACUACGGGAGAGGAUCCAACAGUUGAUUGACAACAAGCAACUCACGUUCAACGCCGUCAAACCCCCGAACGUGCAAUCAAAUCCUCUUCCCGAUCACGGGUCGAGCUCGGGACCUAGCAUUAACAUGAUCGGUGUUUGCGCUAUAGGGGAGUACGAGACCGGACAGGAGGCACCGGCCCCGUUUGUGAUCGAAUAUGUUCCUGCAGAAGCUGGUGUAGGGUACGCAGGGUUCGAUGCCACGCCCACCCCAUUCGUGAUAGAAGUCCCCGCACGAGAGCCAUAUCAAGAUAGCAAGGUCCCGUGGACCUACGAGGGAAGUGUUGGGAACCUCGAGAGCCAAUUUAGCGUCAUGGGCGUGACGCGCUCGGGUCGAGUCUAUGAAAAUCCGAAGGCUGCAAACAAAGGGAAAGCCCUGGCAAUGCCCGAAGUCGCCCCGGAAGCCUCGUCCAUUCCCCAGAGGAAGGUGACUGAAGAAGAAGCUGAGGCCUUCAUGAAGAUUAUCAAGGCAAGCGAAUACAAGGUCGUUGAACAAAUGGGCAAAUCUCCAGCCCACAUUUCACUACUCGCCCUCCUCUUGGGUUCAGAGCCACAUCGUGAAGCGCUUCUGAGGGUCCUAACAGCAGCGCAAAUCCCCAAAGAAACGGCUCCAGAGCGGAUUGAAGAGACUAUCAGUUCGAUCUUCUCCAACAACAUUUCAUUUUCAGAUGAUGAACUUCCCUCAGAAGGGUGGGCACACUCGCGGGCACUACACAUUAUGAACGUGGACUUUAACCGCAUCCGUCCGAGCAAGACUGCGGUUCGAGCCUUCGACGGCUCGCGGAGGGAAGUAAAUGGAGAGAUCGACCUGGUGAUCGAGGUGGGUCCCUGCUCAUUCGCUGUUACGUUCCAAGUCCUAGACAUUCCGAAUGCUUUCAGCUUGUUGCUCGGGAGACCGUGGAUCCAUGCAGCUGGCGCCGUUCCUUCGUCCCUACACCAAAGGAUCAAAUUCAUCGCAGAAGAUCGACUUAUCACGGUCAAGGGUGAGGAGGACUACGCCAUUUACAAGGAGACAGCUGUUCCCUACAUCAGUAUCGGGGACGAUCAAAACCUCCCCUUCCAUUCAUUUGAAACCAUCUUCGUCAUUCGAGACUACGGAGAGAUCGGUCCAACUCGCGCUGACCGCAUGGUGGGGAAGGUUUUGCUGCGCCACAAUUACAUCCCCGGCACCGGACUCGGAGCACAUGGGGGCAAGCACCUUCACCGUCUCGCUGCACGCUAUGGGAAGAUCAACAGGGGCAUCCCGUUUCAGCCGCUCUCCUACUUUUUUCCUGGGCCUCCACACAUUGUCGGAGGUACACUUGACGGUCUCUCCUCGGAUUCAGACAGCGAGCCUGUUGACCUGCCAAACAUAUGCGCCGUCACCGAGGAGACAACUCCAGGGGCUUACAUCUGCCUCGCGCAGGAAAAUGAGGAACUCAACAACUGGACCUCAGUCCCGCGUUACUCGGUUGUAAUCGCGAUGUAUUCACUCGCGACGCUCGCAUCCAUGGUGAGCAUCACGAAAGAAAACCUCAUUGAACCACUCGAGAUCGAGAUCGCCAAAGGCCCUGCUCACUGCGACGCAAUCGAAGCGACCGAUGAGCAGCCUUGA